CAUCCCCAAAACUGUCUAUUAGAAUGUCACAACCAGUCAUGGUGGCUUCUACACUGCAGGCACCGACUGUGCCAGAUUCGCGAUGGAUCUACCUGGAUAAUGUCCGUCAAAAGAAAGGACCCUUUACAGAUGAGGAGAGUUUUGAUGCAAGCGGGGAGGCUGUUUCUGCUAUGGAGAAAAUGAAACUUCUAGUCAUCGGUGCUGGUGGUCUAGGCUGUGAAAUCUUGAAGGACCUGGCGCUCUCUGGUUUUAAGGAUAUACACGUCAUAGACAUGGACACUAUCGAUGUCUCCAACCUCAACCGACAGUUCUUAUUCCGACAGAGCGAUGUUGGCAAAUCGAAAGCUGAAGUAGCAGCAAGAUUUGUGGAAAAGAGGGUAAAGGGUGUUUCAAUUACACCACACAACUGCAAGAUUCAGGACAAGGACGACGAGUUCUAUAUGCAGUUCAACAUCGUUAUCUGCGGCUUGGACAGUAUUGAGGCUAGGAGAUGGAUCAACUCAACGUUGGUUGACCUAGUAGAUAAUGAAAAUCCGGAAAGCCUCAAACCCCUUAUUGAUGGAGGCACUGAAGGAUUCAAGGGCCAAUCCAGGGUCAUAUUCCCCACCAUGACCUCUUGCAUUGAAUGUCAACUUGACAUGCAUGCCCCGAGAGCCGCAGUCCCACUUUGUACGCUAGCAACCAUCCCACGCCAACCAGAACACUGUAUCGAAUGGGCGCAUAUCAUGGCGUGGGAGCAGGAGAAGCCUUUCCCAAAAUUAGACAAUGAUGACCCGGAACACAUCACCUGGCUCUAUAAGAAGGCGCUGGCGAGAGCUCAGGAAUUCAACAUUAGUGGUGUUACGUAUUCAUUAACACAAGGAGUAGUCAAGAACAUCAUUCCGGCUAUUGCCUCAACAAACGCGAUUAUCGCUGCAAGCUGCUGUAACGAAGCCUUCAAGAUUGCGACGUCGACAAAUCCAUCGCUCGGGUUUGAGGAGAAUUACAUGAUGUACAGCGGUAAUGAUAGCAUUUACACCUACACAUUCAAGCACGAGAAGAAGGAUGACUGUCCAGUCUGUGGAAAUAUCGCGCGGAAUAUGGAAAUCGAUCCGAACUUUACACUUGAAGAGUUCAUUGAAUCGUUAGCCGCGAGACCAGAAGCGCAGUUGAAGAAGCCAUCCAUUCGCUCAGAGCAAAAGACGAUCUACAUGCAGAGCCCCGAGAGUUUGGAGUUGAAGACCCGACCCAAUUUGGUCAAGAAGAUGGGAGAGCUGGUUGAAGAUGGCGAAGAGAUAGGAGUUUCUGACCCAUCAUUGGGCAGCGUCAACUUCAAAUACCGACUCCGAUUCUCAAAGCCAUUUAAGUCUCACUGAAUGGGGCUGGAGCUUCU